AUGAUGGAAUACGCACAAUACCCUCAACCUCAGAACGCGCACUCGGGAUACACGAACUCCACCACAGGCAACAACAUCACCUCUCCUCACGGCGUACAGACGUCACCCAUUCUGUCUCAACAACAAUCGCCCUCUCAGCAACAGGGACACAACAUGUAUCAGCCACAGUACACCGUUCCCCAGCAGGGCAUGCACUAUGCCAUGCCCCAAAUCCAGGCCGCCGCCAUGGCGGCGACUGCUGCUGCAUCGGGAUCCAGCUACCCAUACAUGGCUUCCGACCCCAGCAUGACGCAGACGUCGCCGCGAAUGGGCGGCGCGAAGAAGGAGAACCGCGACCCUCGAUCACCAACCCAGAUGACCAACGUCUCGCAGCUGCCCGGCCAGAGACGCCUCAGCCAAGUCACCAGCCCGGGCGUCCCCAACGCGCAGGGCAUGAUGAAUCACGUUGGCGGGCGACCCGGCGUUGCGCCCCCGCAGAUGGCGCAGGGGCAGGCCAUGCCUCAUCCGCAAUCCCCCGAGAUGCCGGCCGGCGGUGUCGAGGAAUCACCCCUCUACGUCAACGCCAAGCAGUUCCAUCGCAUUCUGAAGCGCCGCGUCGCACGCCAAAAGCUCGAGGAGCAGCUUCGUCUUACCUCCAAGGGUCGCAAGCCGUAUCUGCACGAGUCGAGACACAACCACGCCAUGCGCCGACCCCGCGGGCCCGGAGGACGCUUUCUCACUGCCGAGGAGGUGGCCGCCAUCGAGCGCGAGAAGGGCGGCGGGUCCGGCGAGCCGUCCAACGACGAUGUCGCCGAUACCAAAGCCGGCACGAAGAGGAAGUCGGAGGCGGAUGACUCGAGCAGCAGCAAGAAGGCCAAGAAGGCGUCGGAGAGUCCUGAGGAAGACGAGGAGGAGGACGACGAAUCUUGA